GAAAAGAGAAAUUCUAGGUAGCCGGCGAGAACGCCAGAAAGAAAUCACUGUGAUUGCUUCCCACUCUACCUUGUCAUUGGCUCAGCUCAAUGCACACAUUCCCUCUCUGCACUUGCAUCACACUGUAAACAAGUCGUCUCAGCUCCGAAUCUGAAGGACCAAAACCUCUCAAAAUCCCAGAUCAAAAGAUAGCUCCAGUCAACUCUUUCUUUCACCAUUUUCGCUCCUAAAGGAAGACGAGAUCUUGCGCAUGCAGAAUAAAUGGAUCUAAAUUCCUUCAUAAGGAGGCGAUUGUCACCCUCCAAGUACCCGGAUCAAGGCUUCACCCAGCUCUCUCGACUCCAACUCAAGAGAUUCGGAUCCAGUACCACGACUCUCACCAAGAUCUUGGCAACCUGUGUGUUUGCUUUACCUGUAUUAUUCGUGCUUUCCGUGUUGAUUCGACACCCACCGUCUGAUCGGUUAUUGGGGUUCGCUGAAGCUAGGGUUCUCGGAAACGGAGCCCAACCAAAUGUCACAGUGUUCACUUCUGCAGGACUAGGACUGGGCUCUGAAAGUGUUCUUUCACAACCUACAUACAAGAACAAUGACAGACUACUUGGUGGACUUCUUGUUGCUGGAUUUGAUGAAGCUUCUUGCACCAGCAGGUACCAGUCCUCCUUAUAUAGGAAGACUCCAGUCCACAAGCCUUCUUUAUAUCUUAUUUCCCGACUCAGAAAUUAUGAGGAUCUUCAUAAACGCUGUGGACCAGGUACUGAAUCCUAUAACACAGCUCUUGAACAACUCAAGUCUGGCCAAACAAUUGGUUCUGCGGACUGUAAAUAUCUUGUUUGGAUAUCGUAUAGUGGCUUGGGUAACAGGAUACUAGCCCUAACUUCAUCUUUUCUUUAUGCUCUUCUCACAAAUAGAGUUCUGCUUGUUGAUCGAGGUAAGGAUAUGGCUGACCUCUUCUGUGAGCCAUUUCCAGAGAAAUCAUGGUUACUGCCCUUGGACUUCCCUCUCAUUGAUCAAUUUGAAACCUUUGACCACAAAUCUUCUCAUUGUUAUGGGAACAUGCUGAAGAAUGAUGUCAUAAAUGCUUCUGCAGAAUUGGUCCCACCUUAUAUGUACCUCCAUCUAGUUCAUGAUUAUGAUGAUCAUGAUAAGCUUUUCUUUUGUGAUGAAGAUCAAUCUCUUCUUGCAAAGGUCCCCUGGUUGAUCAUAAAAACAGACAACUACUUUGUCCCAUCUCUUUUCUUGAUUACAUCUUUUGAGCAAGAGCUAAGCAAAUUAUUUCCUGAAAAAGGAACUGUUUUCCACCACCUGGGGCGAUACCUUUUCCACCCAUCAAAUCAUGUUUGGGGACUAAUCACAAGGUAUUAUCACACUUACUUAGCUAAAGCAGAUGAGAGCAUUGGCAUUCAAAUAAGAGUUUUUGACUCAAGACCCGGUCCUUUUAAACAUGUGAUGGAUCAAAUUCUAGCCUGUACUUUGAAGGAGAAACUGUUGCCUGAAGUAGAUAUGCGAGACUCUGUAGUCACUGUUUCUGAAAACCCAAAAUUGAAAGCUGUUUUGGUGACAUCAUUAAAUUCAGGGUACUCGGAGAAUCUGAAGAACUUGUACUGGGAGCACCCAACUUUGACUGGGGAAGUUGUUGGCGUUUACCAGCCAAGCCAUGAGGGGUAUCAACAAACGGAGAAGCAGAUGCACAACAGGAAGGCAUGGGCAGAGAUGUACCUGUUAAGUUUGACAGAUCUACUGGUUACAAGCUCAUGGUCCACUUUUGGCUAUGUUGCCCAAGGUCUUGGAGGUUUGAAGCCCUGGAUACUUUACAAGCCUGAAAAUGAGAUGGCCCCUGAUCCACCUUGUCGCCGGGCAAUGUCCAUGGAGCCGUGUUUUCAUGCUCCUCCCUUUUACGAUUGCAAGGCUAAGAAAGGAAUUGAUACAGGCAAGCUCGUUCCUCAUGUGAGACACUGUGAGGAUAUGAGCUGGGGUCUAAAGUUGGUGGAUGGUCAUGAUGAGCUACGGUAGCCAUUGUUAUUUUAAUAGUGGACGAAGUUAGCAUGCAACUUGGGUGUAAUACAGAGAAAUUAUUUAGGGGUGGAGAUCUAUCAUACAGCAUGUAUCUGGCGAAUUGUAGUCCAAACACUCACAUUCAUGUAUGUUAUGGUUAAGAAUAUUGUAAGCUAUGGAAGAGGUUCAGAAUUGAGGAUCUUGAUCCCUCGCUGCACUAAAUUUGUUAUAUUGAAAAGAAAAUUUAGUUUCAAAAA